AUGAAAUCCUUCAUUUCUUACCUUCUGGUUCUUUUCGUUAUUGUUAAUGUUGCGAAUUCUCACUACCAAUUACAGAAUCCUCCGACUAGAGGUUUCGAUGAAGCUAAUGAGCCACUUUCUCCUUGUGGCGGGUUUAACUCGGUCAAUACUGCCGCAAUAACUAAAUUCCCCGUUAGUCGUGCUACAUGUUUCUUCUAUGAUGGUGACGGAACUCUUACCUUUUUUUAUGCUCCUGAUCUAAACUCCACUUUUCUUCAAGUAUCAGACCCCGAAACGUAUUCUCAGCUCAUGAACGCUCAAAAAUCGAUUACUGUCAACUUGAGUAGAGCUAAUGCAACCGUUGGUUCUCAAGGUGUUCUUCAAGCUGUUUUCAAGUUAGCUGAUGUUAAUAGUUCUUGGUAUCAAUGUGCUGAUAUUCAAGUGGUUAGCAGUGUUUCGGCUAACUCGGCUAACUCUUUUACUAUGGUUACACCUCAAAUUGGAGCAAUUAUUCUUUUUGUUGUUAAUCCUUUAAUUGCUGAAUUAUCGUUAGGUCUCAAA